ACAAUGCCUCGGCCGAUAGUCGCACCUGACAAAAGGCGUCGCAUCGCCCAAGCGUGCGACAAUUGCAAGCGCAGGAAGGAAAGAUGCGAUGGCAACCGACCGUGCAGCAUCUGCAUCCGACGACGAAGGGAAUCCGAAUGUCAAUUUUCCGAAACCCCUGCCAGAUUGCUGAGGGGUCCCCGGAGAGGAUCUGCCAACAACACAAGUCCCACAAGUGUCAGUCAGACCGAUACAAGUCAGGCAGAGAUGGCUAUCGACCGUAUCUUGAACGCCAGUGUCGACCAGCGAGGCGCGAGGGCAACCGUAGAAUCUCAAUCUCGACCCGAGUCUGUGGCACCUGUACCUAGGUCCGCGAGGUUACUGCGUGACAUGCAUGGCAAAUUCAUGUACGUCGGCGACUCUGCUAGUCUGUCGUUUGUACAGAGUGUCAGGCGUAUGGUCGUAUCUGCCAUUGGUGAGUGUGACUUCACCAAUGACCCUUCACGCCAUCAAAUCAUCGAACCCACGCCUCAAACAACUAUGCAAAUGCCAGACAUGUCGCCCUUGCAAUUGGAUCUGGAGGAUUGUAAGCGGUUAUCUCGGCAUUAUCUUCUUGCGACUAGUGGACUCAUCGAGAUUUUUGAUGUGCCUACCUAUUUCCGCUACCUGGACCAAUGGGUAAUCGACAAGGCUCGUGAUAAUGAUCUCAAGUCUGCUAUCUUCUAUAUGGUACUCGCCAUUGGCGCGCAAGUGUCGUCACCAGAUGGUGAUCAAACACUUGCCGAGACAUACUUCAAUCGUGGCCGAUAUAUGGCUGUCAUGACCCUUACUGACGCACCAAGCCUCCUGACCAUACAAGCCCACCUUUGUAUCACAAUGUAUAUGCUAGGCGCAUGUCGAAGAAAUGCAGCUUUCAUGCAGUUUGGCAUUGCUGUCAGAGCUGCAUUUGCUCUAGGCAUGCACAAGAGCAGCACCCACACGCUGUUCGACGAAACAGAAGCAGGGGCAAGACGUAGAAUUUGGAAGAGCGUUCGCGUACUGGACAUCUUCCUCAGUGCGUCGCUUGGCAGACCGCCAGCCACAUCAGAUUUGUCAGCGAAUCGAGACAAGGAUGUUACUGAGGAAGUAGCACAAGCGACAUCCACAGACCCCUUUUCAACCAAGGUCCUUGCUCUCUGCGACAUCUUCGAGCGCAUAGUCAUCGAUGUCUACAUGAAGAAGGCAGUUUCUACUCACCUUGCCGACUCAAUAUCAGGCCAGUACAGAGACUGGACCAGUGAUCUGCCAGACUCAUUACAGCUGGCAAGUCUCGACUCGAGCGAGGACAAUCCGGAGUCAUUGACCAAGGCUCUGGCUGCCAGUCACAUCAUCAGCUCAUAUCACUGGUCUAUCAUUCUACUUACUCGACCUUUUCUGAGGUUCCAAAUUCUCAAAGACAUGACCAGAGGCAGCCAGAAUCUCGAGGAUACUCACGACCAAGUUCAGCAAUCAUCAAUCAAGACAUAUGCAGACGCGUGUGUGGACUCGUCUCUGAGAAUUCUCAACAUCGCAUCGACGCUCAUGCAAUACUCUUCGCUUCCACACAGACUACCCUUUAUCAUUAAUUCUGUCUGCAAUGCCUCUCUAGUCCUCGGAGCUGCCACCUUUGCGGACCAGGAUAAGUUCCUCCCUCUCGAAGAUGGCUUGAAACAAGGCAUCAGUAUCCUCAAUCACUUUGCGCAAUGGGAUCCUCAUGCUGCUCGUUAUGCGCAAAUCAUCACUUACCUGCAAGACGCUACAAAAACUUAUAUUCGUCAACGAAGCGAGAAGUCUUUGGAAUCACGCCGCAGCAACGUCACUAGACUUUUCGGAACGAUCGGUCAACAAGUUGGUGGCGCGGAAGGCACCAUUCAAGAUCAAAAUAUUGAACUCGUACCAACUGCCAACAAUGCCGACAUUAUUGACCCUGCGCAAUCAAUCAACAUCGAUCCAUCAUUAUACACACGGUCAGCACUAAUGACUGAUCUAUACCCAUUGAUGAAUGCUCAAGGAGAGUUGCCUGGCUUGAUAGAAGGCGGCUUCUAUGCACAACCGCAACCCUUGCCUGGAGUCAUGGCUGAUGGCUCUGGCUACCAAGAUGAUGCUUACUACUUCAUGGAUCAGGACUUGUCCAUGUUUGGGUUUUGCUGA